CCACCAAGCACCUUGUUAUCUAUUUGUUUUAUCUGGUGCAUAGAGUCUAUUCUCUGGAGUCUAGAGAGCAAUAAUAUCCAGGAAGGUCCUAGGCUUUCUCAUACCGCUCUAAUAAUUUCAAGAAGCAAGAGGCAAUUUUGCUGCCUGGUUUUUAACCUUUCAGAAACCUCAACUUGGAGAGGUGUCCAAAGCCAUGGUCUGCAUCCCAGGUCUUUUGUGGGUCUGGAUUUCCCUGCUUGUUCCUCUUCAUGGUUAUCCCCAGCCCAAAAUGUCUGGCUCAUCGGACGAUACCAGAAACUGUACAGCAACUCCUCCGUAUUUGCCCCCGACAGCAAUCGACACGACCGAACGGCUGCGCAUCUUGCGGCAUCACAUGCAGAGCCACAACCUCUCGGCCUACAUCAUCCCUGCCACUGAUGCUCACAUGAGUGAAUAUAUUGCAGAGCGGGACAAGAGGCUCGCAUGGAUGACAGGCUUCACGGGGUCCUCAGGGACUGGAGUGGUCACUUUGCAGAAGGCAGCCCUCUUCACAGACAGCCGCUACUGGAUCCAAGCUGAGCGCCAGAUGGAUUGCAACUGGGAAUUGCAGAAAUCAGGUUGGAUUUCCGCGAUUGGGCAGUGGCUGGUGAAGGAAGUUCCUGAGGGGGAAAAAAUUGGACUGGACCCUUACCUCUUCUCCAUUGAUAAUUGGGACAGCUACCUCCAAGCCCUGGACGGCUCAAAUCGGACCCUUGUUGCCCUAGAUGACAAUCUGGUGGACCUUGUCUGGGGUUCACAGAGGCCACUUCCACCCACCAACACCAUCUACCAGCUCCCAGAUGACUUCAUUGGGAGCACCUGGCAGGAGAAGGUGUCCCAUAUCCGGACGCAGAUGGAGAAUCACAGCGGGAAGCCCACUGCGGUCCUGCUCUCCGGUCUUGAGGAAACGGCUUGGCUCUUCAAUCUCCGAGGAGAUGACAUCCCUUACACGCCCGUCUUCUACGCUUACACGCUUCUCACCAAGACGAGUAUCAGCCUAUUUGUGAAUCAGAGUCGGCUAAGUGGUGAUGCAUCUCAGGCGCUGGCUGCUGGGUGCCCGGGGCCUCUCUGCGUGACGGUAGUAGACUAUGAGGCGAUAAGUGAGAGCCUGAGGAUAUAUGUUCAGCAGGACGGCGUUCACAUCUGGAUCGGGACCGAGUACACCACUUUGGCGCUCUACAGAGAAAUCCCUCCGGAAAAGCGCCUCGAAGAGAAUUAUUCCCCUGUCAUGAUCGCCAAGGCAAGCAAGAACGCCAAGGAGCAGGAACUGAUGCGGGCUGCCCACGUUCGAGAUGCCAUCGCGGUAAUCCGGUACUUGGUCUGGUUGGAGAAGAUGGUUCCUUCUGGCUCUGUGGAUGAAAUCUCCGGCGCAAAUUUUGUGAACCAGUUACGAAGGGAAGAACUCUUCUGCCACGGACCAAGUUUUGAAACUAUCUCUGCCAGUGGUUUGAAUGCAGCUUUGGCUCAUUACAGCCCAUCCAACACAACAAGCCGAAAGCUGACUGUGGACGAAAUGUACUUGUUGGACUCCGGAGGCCAAUAUUUAGAUGGGACCACGGACAUCACCCGGACUGUCCAGUGGGGGGAGCCCACAGCUUUGCAGAAGGAAGCUUAUACACGGGUGCUAAUGGGAAACAUAGACCUGUCGAGGCUCGUCUUCCCACCCAGGACGUCAGGGAGAAUGGUGGAGGUCCUGGCACGCCGGCCACUCUGGGAAGUUGGACUCAAUUACGGUCAUGGCACUGGUCACGGCAUUGGCAAUUUUCUAUCCGUUCACGAAUGGCCGGUGGGCUUCCAGUCCAACAACGUGCCUUUAGACAAAGGAAUGUUCACCUCCAUAGAGCCUGGUUACUAUCUGGAGGGUGAGUUUGGGAUCCGGCUCGAGGAUGUCGCACUUGUGGUUGAAGCUCAGACCAAGUAUCCGGUGCAUGAAGAGCCCUACCUGACUUUUGAGGUGGUGUCAUUGGUGCCCUAUGCGCGGAAUCUCAUUGACAUCAACCUCCUGUCUCAAGAGCAGAUUCAGUACAUCAACAGCUACUACGAGUCCAUCCGCAAGUAUAUCGGGCCCGAACUCCAGAGGCGUCACCUGGAUGAGGAAUACCAGUGGCUGCAGCGAAACACACAGCCGCUUUCUCGCUCCUCCCUGCUGGCAGCCUCCCUGGGCACCUUGGCUAUGGGCACCGUAGCCUCCACCCUUUUGCCUGGGGCAUAGGACUAGGCCACCUUGACAUUUCCAUCACUACAAUCUAUAUAUAUAAAAGAGUGAUGGCAUCACGGCGACCAACAAAACAACAAAACUACAGGCCCCCCAACCUCGAAAUUUAACAACACAACCCAUCAUUCAUGGCUCUAGGUUGAUACAACAAAAAGAAAAGAAAAAUAAAGUCCUAAUUAGAGGGAGAGGAAUAAUAAUUUUUAUCCAAUUGCUACCAGUUAGAAGGCUAAGCUCUGCCCACUUGGUCUCCUAGCAACCUACUCAGCCCAGGGGAAAGGCACAGUUAGGCCUCACUUAGGCCUCUUCCACAGAUUAUCUAAUUUGCACUGGAUUAUAUGGCAGUGUAGACUCAAGGCCCUUCCACAUCUAUAUAAUCCAUUUAGAAUCUUAUAUUAUCUGCUUUGAACUGGAUUAUCUUGACUCCACACUGCCAUAUAAUCCACUUCAGUGUGCAUACUGAACAUAAAGACAACCAUACAACAGACAUUCAAUACCACCACUACCUCAUCAAUUUCUCACCAACACCACCAGACAACGUCACAGCAACGCGUGGCCAGGCACAGCUAGUGACCAAUAUUUCUUCUUUUGGAUGCAUUUCAAGACAUUAGCCUCCAGACUCAUCUCCGACUUCUGAAAAUCAUUGCAACCAAUCCAUUCCCCGUCAGGUUUGAGAUCCGACCUUACCCAUAUCUUCCGAUCCAGAUUAAAAUAUUUUGCUGUUCA